GUUAUAGCUUCAGCCUUAACCAUUGUCUGAGAUAUGUCGAGGUAUAAUUGUAAUAUGCUAUUUACGUGUUAUUAAUGCCAACAGACAUCAGUACUGAAAACAGAAGGAAAAAAAGGAAAACUGAUGAACGAAUCGCUGAAUCGAUAUCACGUGACACACCAGCCCUUCAAGAUGGUGGUCACUGUAUUGCUAUGUGUCUACAUGGCGAGUUAAUAACGAAACAAUUUAUGAUUCGAGCGUUAACAUUUGUCAAUUUAUAUUUCGUUUAGUUAAUAAAUGUUUUUGGGUAGCAGGGCAUCUUUCCAUACCAGUUAUAUACAAGUCCGAAUUUGUUGGAGACUAAUCGCAUUUUAAAAUGUGUGGUUAGUCUGCUGGACAGAUAGUUACAGCUUACGUCAAAACAUGGCAGUAGUUGGUGACGACUUGUCUGAAAUAGCCUGGAGUAUUUAGGAACGUUUUCUUUUUUUGAGGGAUGAAAAUGUCGCUGAGAGAGUUGAAGGUGUGCUUGCUUGGGGACACUGGGGUUGGAAAGUCAAGUAUUGUGUGCAGAUUUGUAGAGGACAGCUUUGAUCCCAACAUUAAUCCUACAAUUGGUGCGUCAUUUAUGACGAAGACAGUACAGUACCAAAAUGAGCUCCAUAAGUUUCUUAUUUGGGACACAGCAGGACAAGAAAGGUUCCGUGCCCUUGCCCCUAUGUACUACAGAGGCUCAGCUGCAGCUAUCAUUGUUUAUGACAUUACAAAAGAGGAGUCCUUUCUAACUUUGAAGAACUGGGUAAAGGAGCUUCAUCAGCAUGGACCAUCCAACAUAGUGGUGGCCAUUGCUGGCAACAAAUGUGAUGUCUCUGAUGCCAGGGAGGUACUGGAGAAGGAUGCCAAGGACUAUGCAGACUCAAUCCAUGCUAUUUUUGUUGAAACUAGUGCCAAAAAUGCUAUUAACAUCAAUGAAAUCUUCACUGAGAUAAGUCAGAAGAUUCCACUUUUAGAGAGGAGUGAGACAGGUGUGAGGGGCUUGAAACUUCGACGUGAACAAUCAGACUUAACCAGGGAACGCACUUGCUGCUAAUGCACAAUUAGACCAAAUCUAUUUCUACCAUUUUCAUUACUAAGAAACAGAAUGGACAACAGUGAAACUGUAAUGAGAGCAGAGGAAGAAUCUUAUGACAUCACCAUCUUGGAAUCCUCCUCAGUCUAUACCCCGAACAGAGCCCUUUGCUAAAAAUUUUGUUCAUUGCAUUGCUGUCCAGAGUUCUUGUUACAACAGAAACUACUACUCUUAUGAAGCUCUGUCUGUGGCUAAUUAAAGUGGAGUGGACUUUGGUAUACCAUCUUUUGGCUCUCAGACCUUAAGUAACUCUCUACUUUGUGUUUAUUUUUUGUAAGCCUCAAAACAUUUAAAAGAAAAAAAAAGACACUGGUUAUAUUCCUGUUGAGAAAUCAAAAUGUUGUUCUGAUUCUCUGUUCCUCCAUAACCUAUAUCAAUACGCAUUUGUGUGCAUACUUGAGGCACACAUUGCUUCAUUUUUAUAUUUUAUGUUAAAUGCAAAAUAGAGGGCAGUUUUCUGGCUGAUUGUGGAUGAGAAAUAUCUAAGCAAAUUGUAAAAGAAAUUAAACUAUCUACUUUGAGACCAUGGGAUAACAUUUA